AUCGCCUCAUUGUGAUCGCCAUUUGCCGGUUCCAUUGCAGCCUACAUUUCAUUCGCAAUUGCUUCAUCCUAAUUGGUUUUUAGCAGUACCUACGGUGAAAGACCGCUUAGUUCCAUCAGACAGUAAACACCACCCAACGACCACCACAGUCGAUAUCCGACGUUGUAAUCCGUACUCUCUGCCCGCUUUUUGUGUUGUGACAAAACCAGGAUCGUCGCCCGGAUGGCGACAUCGCAGACCAAGGCCGCGGUUGCGGCCUCGAUCGGGCUGCGGGCCUUAUCUUACGUUUUCCUGAGAUGGUCGUUGGUACCAGUCCUCCCUGCCAUCGUUUUUACCCUUUUUGCACUUUAUCUGCCUGCCUUUGUCUUGGGCUACCGGAAAGAACCCAAGCACGUGCUCGUGGAUAGAGUAGACGUGGUUGUCACCGAGACGACGGUGGAAGGUAAAGGCACGCCGAACAACGGAGACAGCAGACGGAGCCAUGGCGACAGGGAGGUUGUGGCCGAGGAUGUCAGUGUCAAGGAGACGAUUUCGGUCGAGGACAGGCCUCUGAACCCCUGGAAGACGCUGCUCACCGGAGCUCCGAACCCGCGGAGCCUGGCCUUGUCCCUCGCCACGCUUCUCCUCAACGGGCUCUGUGUCGGUCUGGUCGCCGACCGCCUGUUCCGGGAACGCUCCUAUACCGUCGACGACUUGUCUUUCGUGCGAGUCGGAUACGUGUCGGAGAACGAGGCGAAGCUGCUGAUCCGAGAGCCCGACCAGUCCAAGAUGCCCAUCACGGUCGAAGUGCACAUCAAGGACCCCCAGCCUCCGUUCGACAACCCGCUGUGGCAGAACGCCGGCGGGGUGAGGUGGACGGCCGAAGAGACCGACUACACCGCGGUCGUGUCCAUCCCGCUGCGGCACUCCAAGAAGCGGACCUACGAGUGGCGCACCUCCAACAACCACUCGGGCGAGUUCACCGCCCCUCCCCCGAUCGGACACGCGGAGGAGACCAACUACGGCCCCUUCACCUUCCUGUCGACCUCGUGCAUCAUCCCGCGCUUCCCGUACAACCCCCUGGACCACCCGCUCUCUAUCCCGGGUCUCCGGCACCUCGCCAGGGUCCUGCCCACCCUCAAUGCCCAGUUCAUGCUCUUCCUCGGCGACUUCAUCUACGCCGACGUGCCGCGUUACUGGGACAAGUCGGUGGGCUACUACCGCCAGAAGUACCGCCAGGUCUACGCCUCCCCGGACUGGCCGGCGGUCGGGCAGAACCUCAGCUGGAUCCACGCGCUCGACGACCACGAGAUCUUCAACGACUGGUCCGCGAACCUGACGGGCGUCUACACGUCCGCCAUCGACCCCUUCCACCACUACCACGCGGCCGCCAACCCGCCGCGCGCCCGGCGGGCCUCGGCCUUCGCCGCGCGCGCGCCGAACGCGACCUACUUCGAGUUCACGCAGGGGCCGGCCAGCUUCUUCCUGCUCGACACGCGCUCGUUCCGGUCGAGCAACACGCUGCUCCCGGCCACGGCGACCGACAAGACGAUGCUCGGGGCCGACCAGCUGGCCGACCUGCUCGCGUGGCUGCGCCGGCCGGAGCCGCGCGGGGUCAAGUGGAAGAUCGUGGCCUCGUCCGUGCCCUUCACCAAGAACUGGCCGGUCAACACGCGCGACACCUGGGGCGGCUUCCUCGCCGAGCGCGCCGUCGUGCUCGAGGCCAUGUGGGACGCCGCCAGCCGCGGCCUCGGCGUCGUCGUCCUCUCGGGCGACCGCCACGAGUUCGCCGCCACCAAGUUCCCGCCCCCCGACGGCGACCCCCGCUGGCCCGAGACCGCCACCGUCUGGGAGUUCUCGGCCAGCCCGCUGAACCAGUUCUACUCCCCCUUCCCGACCUACCGCCAGACGGACCGUGAUGAUGUCAUGGUCAAGUACAUCUACAAGGGCAACUCCAAGUUUGGGGCGAUAACGAUCGAGAAUAUGGAAGGUAGCGACCAAAGCAGCCUCAAGUACCGGCUAUUCAUCGACGGGGAGGAGGUGUGGAACACGGUCGUUCUGUCUCCGCCGCCGGCCAAGGUUGACAGGUCUACUGGCUCAUUUUGGGGCCGGAGCGUCUAUCGUUGGGACUUCCUCCGGCACUACAUGUAUUACGAUCACCGCGCCGACAAGCCCAUGCGGGAAUACUGGGGAGACGAAAUCCAGAUGAGGCCUCCGGAGGUUGAUUAUGACGUGGUCAUGGAGGAUGAUAAUGACGACCAUGGCGUCGCCCUCUUGACCGAUAAGAUCGCAAGUAGGACAUACGGCUUCUGCUUCGUCAGACACACUCCUUACGAGGACCCGGACGACACCCGGAAGCUGCUCGAGCGCAUCGCCUUCAUCCGGCAGACACACUACGGCGGCUUCUACGACUUCAAGCCCGACCUCGCCAUGGCCGACACGGCCUACACCAAUCAGGCACUGCCGCCGCACACCGAUACCACCUACUUUACCGACCCCGCAGGGCUGCAGGCCUUCCACAUGCUCUCGCACGAGCGCGGCCCGGAUGGCGAGAGGCCCUACGGCGGAGCGUCGGUGCUGGUGGACGGGUUCAAGGCAGCGCGGGUCCUCCAUGACGAAGAUCGGGAAGCGUACAAUGUCCUGAAGAAGGUCAGACUGCCGUGGCACGCGAGCGGCAACAAGGGCAUCACCAUCCGGCCCGACGUCAACUACCCGGUGUUCGAGACGCACUCGUCCUUGGGACUGUAUCGGAUCCGGUGGAACAACGAUGACAGAGGAGUGGUCCCCUUUGACAAGGUCCGGCCCGAGGUGUGGUACAGGGCGGCCGCCAAAUGGAACGAGAUCAUCAACCGGCCGCGGCUGCAGUAUUGGUUCCAGCUGACCCCCGGCACGGUAGUCAUCUUUGACAACUGGCGUGUCCUCCAUGGCCGAAACGCGUUCAAGGGUAUCAGGAGGAUCUGCGGAGCAUAUAUCAACAGGGACGAUUGGGUCUCCCGAUGGGGAAACCUCAACCUCACCGAGCGGGAGAAUCUCUACAGAGUAAUUGGGUAG